UGUAUUUGGAUACAAAGUCAGCCUCAGGAGCUGACAGCUCGGUCCAUGGAAUAGAUCGUCUUUCUCACAGAUAAAGGAAACGGUGGUAGAAACGAUUCGAUUAAGAUGGACGACAGGGCGACUAUCUGACCCAGCUGGGAGAAAUAUUACAAGAGCAUCCUUCAGUGGAAUUCGAUUAUGUGUAGGCUACAACAUAUGGGAAUAUUUCAGCAUUAUGAUACGCCCAUGCGACGAGCUGUGUUGUGAUGUACAGUGAACGAUCCAAGCAACCAUAAACAUCUGAAUUCAGAAAACCGGUUGUUGGGCUGGAAGGACGUAUGGAUAGCCUACUUUCUCACUGAUCUCUGGAUUACAAGAAAUAUCGUUGCAGAAUAUAGAAAGGAACUAGGUGGCUAUUAUUAUCACCAUCCUCAUCAUUAUUAUUAUUAUAAAGAUGGUGGACGCAUUUUAUGCUGGCUUUUAUUUGGGCAACAUAAACACAUUAUUGAGAAUUUCGUCGCCUAAUCGCUACGACCUGGAUAAAAGUAACCUUUAUGCAAGCCAUUCGCAUCACUCUAAUUCUUCAUAGAAUGAUCUCAAUAACGCUAUAUCAUAAUAAUCCAAUAUCAAGCCGAAGUUCCGCGUAAGCUUAUCAUACAUUUCUAUUUAUAUACGCAACUGACUCCAGCUUUAUGGAUCAACUGCUCGAUGACAAUAAAAUGUUUACUGUUAAAACGACAAUCAUGGAAAAUGAGGACUUGAAAUAAGAACUUGCGCUUCAUAGAAAUAACUGCCAGUCGCUUUUGUUUAUGACUUGAAUUAAAUUGCAAACAGUAGACGUGUAGUUAGCUAUAGUAGUAGGCUAACGUUUAUUGAUUAAAUAUUAAUAAGCCUUUCCAAAUAUGCUAAACGCUAAAUGGGUAGAAUAUAUUAUGUAUGUCGACUAAAUGUAAUGACAACCACUGCUCUGCCAUCUCUCUGUUGUGAUUCGCAUCUUAAAAUGGACGCACGCUUUCCUUGACGGCAACUUAGGGACUUGAACUGUCUUAUAGAGUUCGCAAUGUACCGGAUUUACACGAAACAAGAGAAGCGUGAAGUGAAUAUUACGAAUGUGCAAAUAAUUGUGGAUGUUUUGAGAUCGCGAGCUGGCGCAUCCCUGUGAGCCUAUCAGAGCUGAAUGUCUGAAGAUGCCUUAAGUUUGCGCAUGCAUGUGUUUAAGGCUAUGAUGACUAUUCAUUAACGUCCAUUGCAAAUAGCAACAUCGAUGUACAUUUACAAAUAUGAGAGUUUUACAUGGAUCGGAUUUACAUAGAUUAGAGGUUAUGACAACAUUCCAGAGAUUUAACACCUACUAGAUCCUGAUAUUUGAUGUAGGUCAAAUUAUCAGAAGACUCAUCUAGUUCCUGUUUUAUCCUGUAGUAUACUAUUAUUUUAGUUAAGGAGUCUGCUGUUACAAGGAGAAAUCAAGCAAGGCCUUCAGUGAUUCUUCUAAUGGAAAAGCCCAAUGCUACUCAAGCAACUAAAAAGAAAACAUUCUUACGUCUUGAUGGACUGGACAUUCUCAUCUAAUCUCAUGGACUUUGGAUCUCAAGUUUCCCUAGAAAAAACUUGUAUUUUAGCCUAAUGCAAAACUCUUAUUCAGAAUCCUUGUCCUAGUCAUAUUAGAGCUGUAAGCAUACAUUGACUGACUACAAUGGCUCUAUAAAUGUUAACACGCACGCAAAGUGUGCUGUGGACAAUCCAAGCAACCAGUGAGGACAGUGAAGCCCAGCAGAAGCUUUACUCAUUGUCUUACUCAUUUUCUUCCCUCAUCAACCAGGCCUGUACUCAGUAGAUGGGCUCUGCAUGGAUAUUAGGCGCAAGUUGACAGAGGGCCUCCUCCAGCUUUUGAGACCUCAUCGCUGACCUGUGCACUCAGUGAUGGACCCAUAUACAAGACUGAGUGGAGUAGGAGCUGGAGGUGGUGGCAGUGCUGCCCCACUACCUUGCACCAACAUUGGCGGUUCCUGUGGACCCCCUGUCCUCCCAGAAAAUACUAAUUCAACACCCUGCCUGACACACAACAGCAGCAGCGGCCAGAACUCCUCUACUCGUCUUUCCUCAGUGGGAUCCCCAGAUUCCCAUCUUCCCCAUCAUCAUGAAGGCAUUAACACUUACUGGACAGCUGUCUUUGAUUAUGAGGCCACAGCGGACGAGGAGCUGACCUUGCGACGCGGUGACCUAUUGGAGGUGCUUUCCAAGGACUCCAAAGUGUCUGGAGAUGAGGGCUGGUGGACUGGAAAGAUCCAAGACAAGGUGGGCAUAUUCCCUAGUAAUUAUGUGACCCGACGGGACGCCAGCUAUCCAGCAUUGCCUCCGGGUGGUCUGGUCGGUGGGGAGUCGCCACUGGAUAUUGAUUUCUCAGAGCUGUGUUUGGAGGAAGUGAUCGGCGCCGGCGGAUUUGGAAAGGUGUAUAGGGGUGUGUGGCAAGAUGAGGAAGUGGCUGUUAAAGCGGCUCGUCAGGACCCAGAUGAGGACAUCAGUGCCACGGCAGAGAACGUGAGGCAGGAGGCCAGACUCUUCUGGAUGCUCCGACACCGCAACAUCAUCGCUCUCCGAGGUGUUUGCCUGCAAGAGCCAAAUCUUUGCCUGGUUAUGGAAUAUGCCCGUGGUGGAGCACUUAACCGGGCACUUGCUGGGAAAAAGGUGCCUCCUCGGGUACUGGUGAAUUGGGCAGUGCAGGUUGCGACUGGAAUGGACUACUUGCACAACCAGACUUUUGUGCCAAUCAUCCAUCGAGACCUCAAAUCCAGUAACAUUCUGAUUCUGGAGCCCGUGGAGAGAGACGACCUGUGUGGAAAGACUCUGAAGAUCACAGACUUCGGGCUUGCUCGGGAAUGGCAUCGCACCACAAAGAUGAGCGCGGCGGGCACGUAUGCCUGGAUGGCUCCAGAGGUCAUCAAGCUGUCACUGUUCUCAAAAAGCAGCGAUGUAUGGAGUUUUGGAGUGCUACUCUGGGAGCUGCUGACUGGUGAGGUGCCGUACCGUGAAAUUGACGCUUUGGCUGUGGCGUAUGGAGUUGCCAUGAACAAGCUGACCCUUCCCAUCCCCUCCACCUGCCCCGAGGCCUUUGCACAGCUGCUGGGAGAGUGUUGGUGUCCUAACCCACAUGGGCGUCCUUGUUUUGGGAGUAUCCUGAAGAGACUGCUGGACAUUGAGCAAUCAGCCAUGUUCCAGAUGCCCCUGGAGUCUUUCCAUUCCCUGCAGGAAGACUGGAGGCUGGAGAUCCAGCAGAUGUUUGAUGAACUACGAGCAAAGGAGAAGGAGUUGCGAUCCUGGGAGGAAGCUCUGGCACGGGCCGCUGAGGAGCAGAGGGAGCAAGAGGAGCAUCUGAGGAGGCGCGAGCAGGAGUUAGCCGAGCGGGAGAUCGACAUUGUAGAGAGAGAGCUCAACAUCAUCAUCCAUCAGAUGUAUCAAGAGAAACCACAUGUUAAAAAACGCAAAGGCCACUUCAAAAAGAGCAGACUGCUUAAACUUGGCAGGGACAGCAACUGCAUCAGUCUGCCAUCUGGUUUCGAGCAUAAGAUCACGGUGCAGGCGUCACUCAGCGUGGACAAGAGGAAAGGUCAGGGGAGCGAAAGCACGACUCCUCCAGCCAGCCCAGGGGUCAUCCCUCGCCUCAGAGCGAUACGCCUGACACCCAGUGAUGGGAGGAAGACGUGGGGCCGGACGGCAGUGUGUAAGAAAGAGGACCUCGGGACCAAGAAGAAGGGCCGAACAUGGGGACCGAGCUCCACACAUCAGCGUGAGAGAGUCGGGGGGGAGGACAGGUUAAAAUCACUUGGGGAGGGCAAGGUGUGGUCCUCCAGUGCCCCAAAUCUGGGGAAGUCCCCAAAACAUGCUCCUAUAACAGGUGGAUUCUCAAGUCUAAAUGAAAUGGAGGAGCACAGUGAGUUGGAUGACAGUUCUCCAGGACGUCUGGCUCCUGAGCUGGGCAGUAACGGAGCGAUGGAGGAGGUGGGCUCAGGAUCGGGAAUAGGCUCACAGGACUCAACGCUGCGACGCUCCAGUCAGAGGAAGAAGAGUGAGCUUCUGCUGCUGGGCUGUGCCUCCAUACUGGCUGCUGUGGGACUCGGUGCCGACGUCUGCCAGCUGGGACGACAACAGAUGAGUCAAGAUGAGCAGGACCCGCGAGAGGAGCAGAAGAAGAAGAAGGAGGGCCUGUUCCAGCGCACGGGUCGAUUCAGACGCAGCACUUCUCCUCCCAGCCGCACCCUGUCCCUCUCCCUGUCCCACAACCGGCAUCCCGACUCCACCCUGCCCAGCACGGACCCGUCUCCCUCCGUGACCCUCCUCUCCCUGUCCUCCCUCUCCGACUGCAACUCCACCAAGUCCCUGUUACCGUCUGAUCCUGAAGACUUCACCCCGACCCCCAGUAGUGCUCAUCCGGGGGUGUCUCCUGCGCCCUCUUUAAACCCUCUGCUGGACCUGAAGGCAGAGAGCUUCAAACGAGAGCCCAACCAGUCCCUCACACCCACACACGUCUCUGUAGCGAUGGCGUUACACCGCGGGCACCGGCGCACACCCUCGGACGGGGCCAUUCGCCCUCGAGCACAGACGGUCGUGGGACAUCGACGCACCCCUUCUGACGGGAGCAUGCCCUUCCCCCCCACGACAGCCCCGACCAUCGCCUCAUUUAAAGGUUCCCGUGAAACUCUUGACAUUCCACGCCUGCCCGACCCGUCUACGGUCUACCCCUCGGUCCAUCGGCGCAAACCCCCUCCUCCGAUCCCCGUGCCAGAGCCGGAAAGCCAUACGGGAACGCUGGAGCGUCCCAAAACCCUGGAGUUCGCUCCCCGCCCUCGACCCACCCCAGCUCGGGCACGUCCGGAGCCGUGGAAACUCUCGUCCCGGUCACAGACGCUCAGCUCAUCUCCAGGUAGCAGCUGUGACAGUCCGCUGGGCUCGGGUGACAGUGGAGUGAGUGCCGCCCGUCAAAGCCUUCUGGACAUGGACAUGGAGGGCCAGAGCCAGGACAGCACCGUCCCCCUGUGCGGAAAACGCCCGCAAGCCACUCUAUGCGCUCAAAAUUUCUCAUAGAAGCCCCACCACCUGUGCCGACGCCCCCUAAACCAGCACUCGUAAGAGGUUUCCCCACAGUUUGCCCUGUGAUCCCACAAGACCACAGUCUCUGGCAGCUCUAAUGGAAAAGCUGUGGUAGACAUAUGCCUUCUGGAUAGGUUGAGCGGUUGAUAGGUUUUCAGUGACUCGUUGUGUCCGAGUUUAACGGCCUCAUAACAGCCGAGGUUGGUUAAGUGACGGCCUCUAGUGAGAAGCUUUAUCACAUGUGGAGCAGGAGAGGGCAGUCGGACUACUGUAGGCCUGUGACCUUCCUCGUCUCGUUCAUAUCUCUGGCCUCUUCCUCAUCAUGGUCUCUGUGGACACAACCUGCUUUUCGGCCUGAAAAUGACAAGUUC